AUGGCUCAAUCUAACGAGCCGCGGAGGCGGUUCGCCCCCGUUCCCAUCGAGACCACAUUCGAGUCUGUUCGAAAGCACUCUCAGCAACCGGCCCAAUCGCAGCAGCAGCACCAGACGCAGCCGCAGAUACAAACCCAAUACCAAAACCACCAGCCUGGCCCGGCUCCCGAGCUCACCCCCGAGCACACCCCGCGAACCCCCUCCCCCAACCCAUUCGAACAGCAGAUGCACCACCAACCACCACCACCACCACCACCACCACCACCACCACCACCACCACCACCACCACCACACUUGCACAACUUGCAUCAGUCGCAACCCCCCAGGCGUCGCUUCGCCCCCCAACUCAUCGAGAGCUCUAGGCGCGCCCGUAGAGUGGGAGACGCCGGCCCCGCCACGCGACCGACAGACAAAACCGACAUCACCCCCUACACGAACCACAUCUACCUCCAGCGUAACAAGUCGAGGCGGAAGCUGAACGAUGGCGCUUCAUCGCCCGCUUCCCUGCCCAUUCAGCGCCAGCCCAAGGGCGCGAGGCGGGAGUCGGAAGACGAGAAUGCCGGCACCUACAUGUUGGAAUGGGCCGCCAUGGAGGCUGAGCGCCAAAUGCAGGAGGCUGCCCUCGAUGCCUUUCCCAACAGUCGUCCGCGUGAGGGCGGCGCCGCCCAUUUCUACUUUCGAGAGAGCUCGGGCGACGACAGCACCCCCGAGAGCGUCUCGCCCCAGCCGACCGGUCCCGGCCUUGACUCCAAGCCCCGUGCCCGUCACGCUCAUGGUCCUCGUCGGAAGUCGUCCGAGGUGGGAUACUGGCAGAAGCAUAUGCAGCAGCACGCCGAGAUCCUGGCUGUCGCUAGAGGCGAGCACGCCCCCGUCUUCGACGACGACGAUGAGGAUGUCCACAACGAUUCCGAGCUCGACAGGAUGGAGCUCGAUAGCCCCCCCGAAGCCAUGUGGUUGACGAACAAGAGGAACCACACCGCCGACCCCAGCCCUCCCAAGGGCCCGUUAGAGCCGAUUGGCGAAACAUACAUGCCGCUGAUCACCCCUACGCCAAUCGUGGCCCAAGAAGCCCGCCGACCAGACCUCCCUCCGCCGGAGCCGGUCACUAAGCCAAUUGGCGAAGCCACCAUGCCGUACAUCCCGCCUGCUGCUGUCAGCAAGCCUGCAGAUGUCCCCAUUGCCGCACCCGCCCAGGUCGUCCCCGAAACUGGCUUCCGGAAAGCUGCUGGUGGUGGUGGUUUCGGCAGGCCCUUUGGCAACUUUGGACUCCCUCCCGAGACCAGCGAGUUCCGCAAGAUGCGCAAGGCCGCCUCCCCGCCAAUGCUGGGCAAGGAUCUGGUCUUCCGAAAGUGCCCUUCGCCGAAGCAGACGAAGCUCGAGCCGGACCAUCCCUUUUCGGAGGACCCGUCUGUCGAAGAGAGAAACAGGGAUUUCACGGGAGAGGCCGGUCUGUGGAGGGGGUACUGCUUCCGAAACAGCGAGAGUGACCAGGCCAUUGUGCCCUCUCACCACCAAGGCCCCAGGAUGCUGCAAACGCCACUUCCCCAAGCCACGUCUGCCGACCCAUUUGCUGCGGCAUUCGGCAAUGGAUCCGUCACGGACGAGCCUGGGUCGCACUACUCGUCCGCCACCCUCACCCCGAGCACGGUCGAGCACCGCGUCCGGUCUGGCGAGGCCAAGGGCCUCCACAUGCUCGCCGGGAUCGACGAACGCCUGAAGCGCGAAAAGGCCUUGGAGGAAAAGAUUGCCAACGAGUUCAACGAUACCUUUGUCACACAGGUUUACAACUAUCUCUCCUUGGGGUACCCCGCAAUGGCACGUUCUUUUGACGAGGAGCUUUCCAAGAUUUCGCAUAUGAGCAUCGAGGAGCUCGAGGUUGAUGACGCGAAGCAGGCGGCAAGCGGCCAUCUCAUGGAGCCAGCCGAGGCCGAGAUGGCGGAAGAGAAGAGAUGCCCGAGAUGGAAGGCCCUGAGAGCCUACAUUUUCGAAUGGGCGCGGCAGCACCCGGAUCUAGACAGCCUCGACUCCCUCGCGUGGGGCGUGCGAGAAAGACGUGGUAGCUGGGCCAUCUAA